AUGGUAUCAAAUUCAAAUAGUCGCCCCUCUCCUGACCGUCCAUCUCGUCUUUCUACUUCAUCCUUAUCCUCACCAUCCUCCUCUUCCCCGCCGUCCUCACCACUACUCGGCAAGUCCAGCCCCGACGUAGCCGCUCCCUUUGGACGCUCCCGCUCCCCCAUCUCCUACCUCUUCUGGCUUGCAGUCACCUUUCUCUCCGCCAUGCUCCUCCUUCGCACGUUCUUCGCCGCAGCUGCGCCCUGCAUCGUCGCGGCCGCCUGCUAUCACGGCUUCAACAGCCCCUUUAGCUUCGACGCCGGCGCGCUGGCGCACCCGUCGUGGAUGGGCGCCCUGCGCAACGACACCCUCCUUACCAGCCUCAGCGUGCCUGGCACCCAUGACACCAUGACGUACGCCAUUGGCAGCGAGGUGCUUCAAUGCCAGAACGCAAACCUCUCUACCCAGCUCGCUGCUGGUCUGCGCUACUUUGACGUCCGCGCUCGUCUGCGUGACAACGAGCUGCACAUCUACCACGGCGAUGGCGACACCGGUUUCUCCUACCAGGACGUGCUGCUCAACAUGUUCAACUUCCUGGAAGCGCACCCCUCCGAGACGCUUGUUAUCCGCGUCAAGCAGGAAGGCACGCCGAUCGGCGAGCACAACACGCGCACGUUUGAGGAGGCCUUCAACUACUACCGCUACCAAUCGGCCCUCACUGCCAAGCAGGCCUACCGCUACUUUUACAAAUGGGACCCCGCCGCGCCGCUGCCCACGCUCGGCGACCUGCGCUCCAAGAUCCUCGUGCUGCAGAACUUCCCGGCGGACGGCAACGGCCCGGCCAACAAGUAUGGCAUCGCGUGGGAGGGCAACCAGAUGGUGCUCGAGGACCUCUGGGAAAUCCCGGACGUCAACCACCUCUCGGACAAGUGGAAUGCCAUCCGCGAUGCGCUCACCAAGACGGCGAGCGACCCCCAGGACAACAAGGCCCUGUACCUCUCGCACAUUUCCGCGAGCGUCGGGGUGCUGCCCAUCGAAGCCGCCGCGGGUCCCAAGAACAGGACGGUCGUGGGCAUGAAUGACGAGACGGGCCGCUGGCUCGAGGCCGGUGACCAGAACGGCCGCACGGGCAUCGUCAUCUUUGACUUUCCCGGCAAGAGAGGCAUCGAGGCCGUCUUGGCGCGCAACGAUGUGUUCAAGGCUUAG